GACGUAAUGUCACAGCGCCAUCUAUCUGUUUUCAGCCAUGUGCAAUGUUUUGGUUUUAUGACAGAUAAAAAUAACGUUGUUUUGACGGCGUUUCCUGCAUAAUGAGCCAUUUCAUAAUAGUAAGGUUAGAAUAAGAUGAGGAUAAUUUGUGAUGAUUAAAUUAUGAUGGAUGAUUCAGUUAGUAGAGAAUCUGUUGACUCCUCUUCUACUUCUGAUGAAUUUGUUGUGGUAAAUGCUGAUCCCAAGUUCAAACUAACUGGCGACAUGAGUGAUAUUCAUAAGGAGAUAACCGACCCUGCUGCAACCAAUGGUAACACAAAGAUGGCCACUAGUAUCACUGAUAACAAUUUAGGUCAUGUGAUACCAAAUAGCCAAUCCGCUGAUGUGUUAUUGCCCGAAGGAAGUGUUGAAAAUAAAAGUUAUCUAGAGAAUGAUAUUAUUCAACAAGGUCAAAGUUCAUCAGAAUUACAACAAAAGUGCAACAGAUCAACUUCCUUACCAAGUUUUCCGUCUGGUGAUUGUACUGUGUUUAAUGGAGUUACCUACCUUGGAUGUGCGAUUGUUAAUGCUCCCCGGAGUGAAGUAGAGAUAUAUCGUAAUAUGGCUAUUAUGAAUGAUCAAACUCAGCUCGCCAUACCAAUCAUAUUGUCUGUACCUAGUACAUCAGAGGGUGUCAUUAGUCCUACUGAUGCCAGUGUGGUUAGACUAAUAGAUCCAAGUAGUGAUAGUGAAAUAGCAAGUUAUCGAAUACAUCGCAUAUUAUUCUGUGCCCGCGGCCCGGCUGAUAGCAACGAAAAGAAGUGUUUUGCGUUUACAUUUAGUUAUGGAGAUACAGCAGAAUCAGCAAUAUUUCAAUGUCAUGUGUUUAGAUGUGAUUUGGCAGAAGCUGUACCAAAGAUUCUGUAUUGCUUUGCAACAACAUUUCGACGAGUGCCACGUAGUACGAGAACCAUUUCCACCAGUAGUCUACAAGAAGCAGAACAAAAUCAUGUUUUUACCGUGGGAAUAGAAUUUAAAGAGGAUGAUGGGAAGGGAAGUUAUACCGCCUGUCCGAAGGAUAAAAAUAUAUUUAAAUUUAAGUGUAAUAUAGAGAAACGUAUUGUUAUAUCAGUUCAACAAACAGGUCUGUCAGAUCUUAAAAUAGAAAGAUGUUUUGGUUUGUUGAUAUCACCGGGUAGAAAUGUUAAACACAGUGACAUGCAGCUCAUAGAAUUGGUAUCUAUGGGUUAUCAGUCAGAUGGUAGAUCCUAUACUAUAUCUGGACAUUGGGAUCCAACUGAACAAUGUUUUGCUGUUCUUAAUACAGAAACACCUAAAGAUACGCGAGUUUUUCUCACAGUUGCUGUAGAUCUAGUCAUAUUUGGUAUUCAGGAGCCAGUCAGGUUUGCCAUAGAAUCAAAAGCCAAAAUAUUUUCUCAGACAGAAAGAUUUUGGUAUUUUUCUACAAAACCACAUUAUGAACAAUUUUAUGUUAGACUCAAACAGAUUGACGGUAAUGAGAGUGAAGAUGGCUUAUUUGAAGUAUUAAGUGUUGAUAGUCAGACAGAGUUAGAGAGAAGAUCUGGUUUAACACUUAGUUUAAAUCCUAAUCGAGCCAUACCUGACCCAGUUCAAACACCACAAGAUAUUGAUGAAGAGUCAGAUGGUGACGAGCCAUUAUUAAGUGGUUCAGGUGUAGUUAGCAAAGAAAUUACAGAUGAAAACCUCUUGGAUGCUUGGCAUGAUGUUCUUACCAAGUGGCAUCAAAAUCUGUCACAACGACCAAAACAAGUUCACCAUCUGGUUAGAAAGGGAGUACCGGAAGCUCUACGAGGGGAGGUUUGGCAGCUUUUAGCUGGUGUUCAUGAAGGGAAUGAUUCUUAUGAAACAUACAGAAUAUUAAUCAGCAAGGAAUCAGAUCAUGAAUCUGUGAUACAGAGAGAUAUUAACCGAACAUUCCCUGCUCAUGAUUUCUUUAAAGAUGCUGGAGGAUCUGGACAAGAUUCUCUGUAUAAAAUCAGUAAGGCUUAUGCUGUCUAUGAUGAAGAGAUUAGUUAUGUUCAAGGUUUAUCCUUUCUAGCUGCAGCUCUUCUUCUACAUAUGCCCGAAGAACAAGCAUUCAGUGUUUUAGUGAAGAUCAUGUAUGAUUAUGGUUUACGAAGUUUGUUUAAACCAGGAUUUGAAGAACUUCAUCUAAAAUUUUACCAGUUGGAACGACUUAUACAGGACCAGAUACCUGACCUGUUUUGUCAUUUUGCUGAGAUGUGUUUAGAAGUUCAUAUGUUUGCUUCUCAAUGGUUCCUCACUCUUUUUACAGCAAAAUUUCCUCUUAAUGUUGUAUUUCACAUACUAGAUCUAUAUCUUAGUGAGGGUAAAGACGUGAUAUUUAAUGUUGCCCUCGCUCUACUAAAGUGUUCUCGCAAACAUUUACUAGCUCUGGAUUUUGAGGGUGUUCUCAAAUAUUUCCGUGUUCAGCUACCUAAAAGAUUCCGAUCUGAAGAGGCAGAGACGGAAUUGAUACAGACAGCCAUUUUAACUAAGGUUACUGCUCGUAAAUUAAAGAAAUAUGAGAAAGAAUAUAUAACCAUGAAAGAACAAGAAGAAGACCCCACAGAAAGAUAUGAGAGAGAGAAUAAAAGAUUAUUAGAGGCUAACAUGAGACUAGAACAGGAGAAUGAUGAUUUAGCUCAUGAAUUAGUCGAAAGUAAACUGGCUUUACGCAGUGAAUUAGAUAGUGUUGAAGAUACAAAUGAAAUAUUAACACAAGAUCUAAUGGUUACUAAAAAAGCUUUAAAAGAGACAGAGGAAGAAAAACGAAGAUUAGAAUAUGAAUCAUCACAGUUAAAAGAGAUGUGUAGAAGAGAAUUAGACAGAGCAGAAGCUGAAGGAAGUAGAAAUACUUUAAUAAUAGCAGAUUAUAAACAGAUUUGUUCUCAGUUGAGUGAAAGAUUAGAGAAACAGCAAACAGCAGCAAAAGAAGAAUUACAAAGAAUCAGGGUGACAGUAAAAGCUUGUGAUGAUUGUUCUAAGUUGAUUGAUAAAGAUGGUAAAGUGAAGCUACCUGAUCCCAUUAUAAACCCUGCCGAUCAAAACCCCAUCAUCAUUGAUUUAAAACGACAGGUCCGAGAAUUAGAACUGGAGCUGGCACAGACGAAAUUAGCGCUGGUCGAGUCUGAGUGCAAAACACAGGAUCUUACGCAUCAACUCAACUCAGCCAUCACAGAAAUCCAAGCCUCCAAAAAUACAUGGUUUAAUAAAACAAUAAAUUCAAUACGAGAAGUUGCUCAGACAAAAAAGGACCUAAAAGAUGUUAAGGAGGGUUAGAUAACUCUUGUUGUGUAUCCUAAACUUUCUGUUAAACACAUGUGACAUGAUAAAUUCCACAACCCACUGUAACGAAUUUUGAAUGUAUUCUUGUUAAAAUUCUGUAUAAGCUUUUUACUAUAGACUGCAAGCUAGAUAUUGUUCUUUGGUGAAAAGCAUGUCACGAAUGGAUUCUGAUAAAGAACGCACGCACUAAAACAGACUAAUUGGAUAUUUUACAGCAUAAUAUUGUUCUGACAAGAGAGACCAAUUAUUGGUCAAUCAUCUAGUGGUAUUACCCGUUAUCAGUUCAGUUUUUGAUCACUUUUUUUUUUAACCAAUAUCAGUUAUAAUCAUUUAACCUGAUGAUAUUUAACCUGUUAACCUAUUGCAAGUGAAAACGUUGUUAUGCAUAUUUAUCUGAACAGUUGCUGGUGUUUAAAGCACAUUAUUAUAAUCACAACAUAAUCAAAAAGAUCUCAAAACAUUUCUGUUGUAUUGGUAUGCAGUCGAGAAGAAAAAACACAUUACAGUAAGUUGUACGUGAUUAGCAAUCAUCUAGUACAACAUGUCAAUAAGAACUUAGAUUUCAGUGGUUGAAUAAGCAUAAUCAGCAGGCAACGCUUACCAUACACAAUGUAAUCAAGUAGUACCAAUUGUAUAUUAGAAUGUGAUGUAUGUACUUGAUGUGUCUAUGUGUUGUUUUAUGCAUAUUAACUGAUGUUAUGAGAAUUUUUUUUUUAGUGUAAAUAAUUUGAUAGUAGGGUGAAGUUUGCAUAGUCUUUUAAUAGAACACCAGAAACACUCCUCUCCAAUCCGAAUUUAUAAUCCACGGAUGAUGUAAAUUUGUUGUGGAUAAAAGGUGAACAUGAAUAAUGUGACACGCGAUUUAUCUGGGUGGUCCAUCUAGCCAGUAGUUGUAGUUAUAUUAUAGUUGUAGUUAUAUAAGUAUCCUUAUAUAAGGGGGUAACAUACUGGAAUAAGAGUCAUAAAGCAAUACUUAUCACAAGUACCAGUACUUGAACUAAAGACAUUAGUUCAAAAUAUAUUUUGCUAUGGCCAUUAUUUUACUUUUAUCACCUCAUUGUCCUCAACUGAAAAAGUACAUCUUUUAAUUUUUCAAAAUAGGCUUUUUGUGUACUACCUGGUGUGUUACCCCUUUUAUGAAUUUUCCAGGGUUUUUAUCUCAGUUAUUUUAGUUCAAUUGGAAAUGAGACAUUUGGUAAUUGAGCUUGAUGUACACAGGACACGAUUAGGACAAUCCUAUAAAAACCAAUAAUUGAUAUUAUUGAUUGAUUGAUGUUUCUGCUAGGAUGGUACAGUCUUUAUGAAGUAAAUGAUGCAAAACACCAGAGAAUGUAUCAAAUAUUUAGAUUAGUCUUUUGAUAAUGUUACCAUUGCUUCAAAAUUAUGGUAAAAUUGUAAAACAAGAACCCUGGUAUAGGUUUAUAGGGCUGUAAGACGACACUCAGGUUACCAAUAACUUACACCAUAUUGUAUAUUUUAUACAAGGUUAAAUUAUUUAGUCCAUCUUGAUUAUAUUUUGAUGGCAUAAGCUUAACUUCCAUGUCUUUUAUGUAGUGACCCCAAUAUCACUGAAAAGUUAUGCCACCCAGUAUACAAGGAAAUGUAUUUGCCACUGAGCUGCAGUCAAGGAACAGCAAUUGUCAGAAAAAUUCAGUGAUGUGACAUCACCCAAUAUCCAGAAUCAUUUUUCUAGGAUUUUGCUAUUUGGAUUAUAUGUUUGUAUAUACUGAAAACCUCUCUUGGUAUUGCUGGUUUUAAAUCAAAAAAUACAUAUAAUGUUGUAAUUUUAUAUAAUACUUAUAUCUAUUAAUAUUAUAACCCCACCUCUCACAUUUAAUAUGAUUAAGCAUGUUCUGAAGAGUCAUUUGACAACUGUUGAAAAAAUUAUGAUGUGUUGCUUGAAUAAAAUAAAACAUGGUUCUAGCAAUCCUGAAGAACAUUCAGAUUUAAAGCCCAUAAUUAAAAAUGGACAAAGUAGUGUAAUAGUAUUUGGACUUUGCCAGAAAAAAGUCCCAAAAUAAUUGAGUAUACAUGACACAUAGUAAGAGUAAUGUUACUCUGUCUCUUAAACUCAGCACUGACAUUACAAGACUCUUAUGCAAUCAGUAGAUAGUAUACAAUUAAAGAGCUUUGUGGUCUUUUCAAAAGUGAAGCAGUAUGGGCCCGUUUUGGUAUCAAGCUAAAAUAGAAUGUUACUUGGAAGACUAUGUUGUAACAGGGUUGGUUUAAAAAUAUAUAAAAGGUCAGGAUAUAUCCAUUCAGGUGUUUUGUAAAUAUAUGUUUUUUAACCCCAAAUGUAAUCUAUCUCUUAUUAGAAAGUUAUUGAAUUGUAUGAGUUAGUGUUUAUGUUUAUACUUGUAUAUUAUAUAUAUAUAUAUAUUAUAAUGUGCUAUAAAUAUCUGUAGUAAACUUAUUUAAUAUUAUUCACUGCAUAAUCUAUUAUAAAUGUACCGACCGGCAAAAUAGAAAACAAGGGAGAUAAUUCAUUAAGUUAUAGAAAAAAUGAAAUAUUGUAGAUAGUGUGUGUAUAGCUAUAAUGUGCACUUGUUUGAUAACUACCCACUUGUUGUUACAAAACUAAUUGUUGUUGAUCGAUUCUUUUUUUCAUACAUGUAUGUUAUUGUUAUGAGGCUUGUCUCUCUCUCUAUUCAAAAUUCCUUUUGUUUCAAGAAAUUAUAACCUGCUAACCAGUCGUUUAUGUUAAUAAUUCCAAAAGCCAACAUUUCUGAAGAAAUUAUGAUAUUUAUAUUGAAAUAUAAUAAAUUUAAUAUGCAAAGGGAUAGUUACAUAUUUAUUACACAUUAUUUAACUUGGAGCUUAUAUAUAUUCAUAAUAUAAUUUCAUAUUAAUUAACACUAACAUAUUUACAUUUAAAUGAAUGUGUAAUGUUUGAAAAUGUAUAAAGAAAGUAUAGGUAAAUAUCUGAUAAAAACUGUGUACAGAUUGAAUUCAUGUUUAUAUAGAUUGGAUUGUGUCUCUAAAUGGGAUAUUGGUGGAUUGAUUUAUAUUUGAAGCAGGGCUGUUGUUUCAGUUACAUUUGCCAGUCUUAGCUUACUGCCAGUGAAAUUGAUCAGCUGGAGAAUUAACCUGUCAGUGAAUUUACAUGAUAUGAGGUAUUUCGAAGAAUUUAAUCAUGAACACAAUAAUUGCAUUUUUAUUUAUUAUUUGUUAAACAUAUGAUUUAUAAACAGCAAUGAUGCUAAAAAAUAGUCAUUCAAAGGUUGCUGUGUUCUUUGCAAAACAGUUCCUGGCUAAUGAACAAAUUCCACAAAAAAUUGACUGGCUAGUAAUAUUUUGAAAUAAGAGGUCUUGUAUCAACAUUCUACAUAACACGUUUGUUUAUUACUACAUGUUUAUUUUAAUUAAUAACUAAUAAUAAUAAUAUGCCAUUCCAUAAUCUCAUGAUAUUCAAUUAUUUAUUUAUCAUAUCUACAUAACCAACAUCACCCGUUUUGUAGUAGAAUAUAAUAAUCUUAUUGAGAUACAAAAUCAAAAUUUCAGGGUUAUUUUAUACUUUCAAUGGCCUUCACUCCAUGUAGAUCUGAACAGUUUGCAAGUCGGUCAAAUUGAUCAACUUUAACUCGGUAUUAGCCAGAGUCUUCUACAUGAAUUUGAUGCUCUUGAGCACCAUUUGUGAUGAGGUGCCUUGAAGAACGAGGCAAAAUCCAGUAGUCUUGACUAACCAGGCAUUAGCAACUGCCAUUCAAUUUGAACUGCUCACAUAUUUCGCAAAAAAAAGCUGAUUAUGAUCUUGCACAUGAAUCGUAUAAAUUUUCUAAAAAAAAAUGUUAGAAUGAAAUAAUUGGAAUAAAUGAAAAGGUUUUGGUUUUACACCAAACUAUUCCAAAAGUGUUCCUGGAAUUUAAACAAAGAGACUAAAAAUGCACUUUGAUAAAAUACAAAAUAUUACCCAAGUUUCAUAUAUUGCAAUAUAUAUGAUUGGAUCAGAAGCUGUUAUUGUUUAGGUUUAAAUGAAAGUAGUUGGUUGUUUUAAUGAUACCUGUUUAUUUUGACUUUAUGAGGGUUAUAAGUAUUAAAUUCACCUGGUUUCGGGCGAUGACUUUCUUAAAUGUUUGUAUUGUGAUCAGAUUUCUAGUUCCUUGUGAACAAAGUGUUGUUUAUUUCUCAUUCAAGGUUACAUUUGUAAAAAUGAUAUGUUAUUACUGAUUAUUCGUAAUGAUUAAUAAUAUAAAAAUAUAUAUAAUAUGUGUUUUGUGAUAUAAGAAUUAGGAUGUAGGGAACUUUUUAUCAUAAUAUUUAUGGAGAGUGAAGAUGUAAAAGAAUACCUUUUAUGACAUGUUGGAUGUUAUAUAGCUGUAAAAUUUCAUGUUGAAGGAAUAGUGAAAUGUAUUAUUGAUACAUGUGUACUGGCUUUAAGUAAUGUUUUGUAUGGUUUGUUAUGUCUGUAAUGGUCCAGUCAAUGUAAAUAAAUAAUAAAAUAUAAAAUAUCA